GACUUUGAAAUGCUGGUCAGGUUGGAGUGCAGAGCACUAGCUGGCAACAGCCAUCCAUUCCCCAGGACCAGGGGCAGACUGGUGGAGCCUUCUCCCGUCCAGGACUUCAGAACCCUAGACAGCUCCCACUCUCCCCAAAGACAGCCCUGCCUGAAGGAAAUAGCCAAGGAGUCACUGAGAUGGAAGCCAGAAGCAAGCCCCAGUUCUUGGCAUUCCUAAUGCUCUUCAGUGUGCUGUUCUCUCAGUCACUGGCCUGGCCCCUCUUCGGACCACCUUCUGCUGUGAGGUUGGAUGACAGGGUGCAACUUGAAGGAGCAAGUGACCCUGAUCAAGUCUCGUUAAAAGCAGACUCUGACAUCUUGCAGAACGCCUUAGCAGAAAAUGACACACCUUAUUAUGAUGUAUCCAGAAAUGCCAGGCAUGCUGAUGGAGUUUUCACCAGCGACUACAGUAGGCUCCUGGGUCAGAUUUCUGCCAAAAAAUACCUGGAGUCCCUCAUUGGAAAACGAAUCGGCAGUAACAUCGCAGAAGACCCCAUGCCAAUCAAACGACACUCAGAUGCAGUCUUCACGGAUAACUAUACCCGCCUUAGAAAGCAAAUGGCUGUAAAGAAAUACUUGAACUCCAUUCUGAAUGGAAAGAGGAGCAGUGAGGGAGAUUCUCCAGACUUCCCCGAAGAGCUAGAAAAAUGAUGGAAAGACUCCUCUGAGCGGAGCUGAAGAUCAGAGAAUUCUUGAAGGAAAACAACCAAGUGAUUACAUUAUGAGUUCUACAUAUCUAAUUCAAGAAAACAACUUCCAUAGCAAAACCAAAUAAAGUGUGUUGUGAAUAUUGUGAUUUCCUUUAUGUAAUAACUGUGAUGUUUACAUUGUAAAUAUUAUUUGAGCACUCUGAAGUUCAUCUUUAGCUCAUAAAAGGCUUGUAAUUUCAUAUGCUAUAUAUUAUUUCUAAGGAAAAUAUAUUUAAUGAUAAGUGGACUCUAGAUUAAUUCCACUUAUCUGGAGCUUUCUGCAAGGGUAGUAAUAGAGGAAAAUUGAUGUGUUUAUUUAUAGCAUGUAGUUAUCUAUUCAAAAGAGAAGAACAGAUAAUCAGUGUGACUAAGUCUGAAUGUUAAGCAGAUAGGAUGAUGUGUGAAAUAAAGCAAAAUAUCUAAGGGGAAUAACAAAAAGAAGGAUUUAAAAAAAAUACUUGUAAAAAGGAUUUUCAGAAUUGUAUUUCCACAGUGAUAGGGACUCCAUCUUUCAUCAAUUAGGCUCUCCAACCAGAUUUGCAGUCCCUACGGGUUUCUUCAGAUCUGCUUCAGUUAAGAAAAGCCUGGCUUCAGAUCUGGAGCUUUCCCCUUUUGGCUUGUCUUAUGGGUGUGUGAAUUAGAAGCUGAAUGGAGUACUUGAUUUCCAGUGAUAAAUACUUUAUCCAUAAUCACUCACAAUAAUAUUUUGUCUUGUUGGCUUCCUUUGCUGAAAGUACAUUUGUAGACACAACUAUUUUUCCAAUGUGAUUGUAUGAAAUUAAAGACAGGAAUAAAGAUCUUUGGUUAUC